AUGGUUGAUGAUAUUAUUGGAAAAAUAAAUUAUUUAACAAUGACGAUAGAUGGGUGUUCUCCUUGGAUGGUAGUAUCUUCGAUUCCAACAUCACUAAGAUCAAAUCUUGUACAAUCACCAGUUGAUGUUAUUAUUCACGACUUACGAGGAAAGGAGAAGAGUGUUAAUCUAGAUACAAAUGCUCUUGAAGUCGUUAAAUACGAUGGUUAUAUACAAGAAGAAUUCGAAGAAGGCAGCGAAACGCAAAAAAUUUAUUAUGAAGAGAUUAUUAAUCUUCUAAAAGAACGUCUAGGUGCUUCUCGAGUAAUUAUUUAUCAUUAUACAUUUCGUUCUCGAAGUUCAUUAUUAACUGAGGAAGAAUGUAAUACGACUCAUCGAAAUCCAGUGUUUUAUCCUCAUGUUGAUACCGAUAAACCUGGAGCUCAAAGACUAGUAGAAAAACUACUCGGCAAAGAAGAAGCUGAAAGAGCACUGAAAAAUCGAAUACAAAUUAUAAAUAUUUGGCGUCCGUUGGGUCAACAUCCAAUAACAGAAAAACCGUUAGCUAUUUGUGACUAUCAAUCGAUUGAUGUCGACAAAGAUGUUCAUCCCCUAACAAUUCGUGGAUCCGAUUAUCAUCCUACAGCUCAAAUUAUGUCUCGCAAUCAUCCGGAUAAUCAUAUUUGGUAUUAUUUAAGCCAGAUGAAAUCCGAUGAGAUGUUUUUAUUUAAAAUGUUCGACAGUAAAUCUGACGUGGCGCAAUUUGCUUUCCAUACAGCUUUUAUCAACCAAAAUGCGCCUAUGUUAAAUAACGAACAGAAAAGUAUUGAAAUUCGUUGUUUAGUUUUCUAUGAUAAUUGA